UGCUGUGUGACGUGGCACGGGGGGCGGAAGAGCUUGUUUGUGUUUUGGUUCUAAGGGGAAGUUGCGAGAAGAAAGAAAGGAGGAGACGUGACGGGAUUGUUGAAAUUAUUUUCUUGGUUCCCCAACACCGCCUCACCACAGUGUCCCGGGUUCUGUGUGUAAAUACUACAGCGGUGGUAUUCAAAGUUCAAAACAUCGUCUGGCUCGCAGCAGAAGUCCUGAUAGUGAGGUUUGGCACACAGGACACCGGGGGAUCUGACUAGGUCAUGGCCAAUCGGGGAGGUGCUACGAGACCCAAUGGACCCAAUGCGGGGAACAAGAUCUGUCAGUUUAAGCUGGUACUGUUGGGGGAGUCAGCCGUGGGCAAGUCCAGCUUAGUGCUCCGCUUUGUCAAGGGUCAGUUCCACGAAUUCCAGGAGAGCACAAUAGGAGCGGCUUUUCUCACUCAGACAGUGUGUCUAGAUGACACAACAGUGAAGUUUGAAAUCUGGGACACUGCAGGUCAGGAGCGUUACCACAGUUUGGCACCCAUGUAUUACAGAGGAGCGCAGGCGGCCAUCGUGGUUUACGACAUCACAAACGAGGAGUCCUUCGCACGGGCAAAGAACUGGGUAAAGGAGCUGCAAAGACAAGCUAGCCCUAAUAUAGUCAUCGCCCUGUCAGGCAACAAGGCUGACCUCGCCAGCAAGAGAGCUGUCGACUUCCAGGAUGCCCAGUCCUACGCAGACGACAACAGCUUACUUUUCAUGGAGACGUCGGCCAAGACAUCUAUGAAUGUGAAUGAGAUAUUUAUGGCUAUUGCAAAGAGAUUGCCGAAGAGUGAGCCUCAGGCUGCAGGAGCCAGUAGCGGGCGGAACCGGGGAGUGGACCUGACAGAAGCUGCCCAGCCAGCCAAGGCUCCAUGCUGCAGUAACUAACAUGAAGAACAUCCCCCCCCGCCCCCCCACCCAUCCAACAUGUAUAGCAGUAACUAAUGCGGCUGAUGCCCCGAAUGCCACUGCGGUUACUAAUGCAAUGUGUUGUACUCUUAUCUCUCAUUUGCAAAACAAGAAAAGAAGCCCCCCCCUUCCCCCAUGCCAUUACACUGAUUUCUGCCUCUUUUCCUUCAUCACAAUUCUGCUGCUACUUGGUUAUACCCUCUGUCCAUUUUUUUUUCCUACUUUCUGCCUCUCACCAUGUCACAUCUAUCAGUUAUUAUUGAUAGAUAAAUGAUAUUAGAGAUGUUAGUGCACCCUGCCUUCCAUCAUCUUCCUUCCAGUGUGAAGAUAUGAGUUUCAUCAAGAGGAAGUGGUCACUUCCUUUUUUUCUGGGAUAGCUUAAGACUUUACUACUGCAUUUCUAAUACCAGUCUUGUUUUUGUUCUUUUUUUAAAAAGUAAUUUUGUUAAUUAUUGUUUGCUCUACUUUUUGUCAAAUUUAUGGGUGCACAUACUUGUAUACUUACAUGGCCUAAAAUUGAGAAAAAAAACAACCUUUUCGUCUGCAGUAGCACAGAAAAAAAAGUUUAUUAGAGGGGUGUAUACUUGUGAAUCUGAGAAAGGCGGGGUUGAAGAACGAUAGAGAAGGAGAGGAAGCUCCACACUGCUCUCUUGUCACGGGACCCUUUUAACUUAAGAGUUUAAAAACAUUCAUGAACUGUAGUCCUCUCAUAUUCUGUAUGUAUGUGUGUCUCUCUCUCGCUCUCUUGGAUUCCCUCUUGCCUGCCCAGGUUGGCCUUUCCCCCCCACUAAACCCCAAAGUAGCACGAGUGUACAUACUCUUCUACCACCCCCAAAGCUCCAUUCUGGGGCCCUGCCUGCUUCUUACUGUCCCUAGUGGCAUUGUGCAAUGUUUCACAGUAUUUACUCUGUGACCUGAGUGUCUGCAAGGACCUAUGCAGCACAGCAAAAAAAAAAAAAAGAAAGAAAAAAACUCUGUUCCACCCAGCUCUCUCAACAACAAGGCACAGGGGCCUCUGAGAUACACAUAAGUGUCACCACCUCCCCGUCUCCUAAUGCAGUGUCCUUUCAUAAAUCUUGAGUAGACCAUCCCUUUGUGGUUACACUGGGGGUCUCUUGGUUUCUGUCUUUGGAUGAUUUAGUUGAUGCAGAUGUCCUUUUUCGUUGUGUUAAUGUUGCUGGACCUGGUUUAAAAAAAAAAAAAAAAAAAAAAAAAAGCAAAGGUGAUGGUAUUGAGAUGGGAGUUGCAAUAUGAAAGGCUGCUUCAUUUAUCACCUUUCAGUCAUUAUUAUUUGUCAUCUCCUCUUGAUUAGGAAGUGCUUUUAGACACAGCCGUGUGUCAGCGUGUACAAACUGGGCCUAUGCUGGCUGGCUGAUGACAGAUUUCACCCAUAGACUCGGAUCACAUGUGCCCAUUUAUGUGUGUAUGUGUGCUCUUUGGACACACGUUUGCACACGAACACACACGUUGCAUUGAUCUAUUCCAUCUGAAAGAACUGAAACAUUAUUGUACAUAAGCACACACACACACACACACACACAGUCUGUUACACUUCUUCCUCACUUUACUUAAGCACACACUUUUUUCCCUGUCCCCCCACUGUACAUUGUCACACACACACACAUACACACACACAUAAAUAUAUACAUAACAGUACAUCUGGUCCAUAACUCUUUUUACAAGUCUGUCUUACUCAUGCCUUGCACUAAUGAUGCUCAUGAAUAUAUCCUGUCAUAAUAACAGCCAGUGUGAUAUAAAUAUACAUAUAUAAAUAAAUAUAAAUAUAUAAAUAAUAUACUGUAAAUAGGGUGUUGCAGUGUAGUCUACCUUUUUUUUUUUUUUUCUUCGAUUUACCAGUGACAGGACUAAUGCUUGCUAGGGAGUUGUCUAGAUAAUCAAAACAAAAAAAAGAACUGUACAGUUAGCAGAAAAACAGCUACAAUCUGGGUUUGGAGUUUUGUUGCUGUUCCUUUUUUUUUCACACAAAUGGUUAAAUUAUAAUCAGUGGUGGUCUUUAUAAAUGUAUGUAGUGUUAUUAACAAACAAAAAAAAUGAAAUUGCAUUUAUUUAGUCGUCUGUCUUGUACCUUUUUCUCAGAAGGAAAAAAUAAUAUCCAAAUGUUUUUGGUUUUCUAUUUUUUAACAUGAUCUCCUUCAUGCAUUUCACUAAUUCUGUUUUUUUUUUUUCUUUAGUGGUCUCAGGCUACGAUGCCUUUGUCCAAUACUAAUUCCUGUGAGUAGAUCUGAACUUGCAGAGCCACCAUUUGUAAAAAGCUCCAGAAUUUAUCAAGUCAGACACAACCCGAAAAACAGUUUGAUUAACCAACCGUCUGCCCCACCUCAAUAACAUCUCAGUAACCUUGUGAAGACUUUGUAGGAACAGUGUAACAGCUAUCAGCAGGCAAGAUGGUGAUUUCAUGAAUAAAUGAAUUAACACAUAAGGAUGUAAAUUGUAUGUUUUUCUGGGUUUUUUUUCUCCUUUUUUUUUUUUUUUGCCGUGAACACUUAAUUGCAGCUGAAAACAUUUAAAUGCAAGCAUUUUACAGUACUGUUAUGUAAUGACCAAAUAAAAACUGAAAUAAAUUUGA